AUGGAAACCCGAGCUCUCUGCCACCACCGCCCGCCACCGUCCUCCUCCUCCUGCUACGGCUCCGGCUCACUUUCUUCCGCCCCACUUUUCAGAACCAUUUCUAUUACCACCCGGAGACCAUCCCAUGCGUUCCGUUCAAUCAAAUGCUCCUCCACCUUUGCUCCUCCUCCUUCAUUGGUGGACCAAUCUGUGAGGUUCAAGGAGGCGGCUAAACAUGGGAAUUUGAUCCCUUUGUACAGGUCUAUAUUCUCCGACCACCUCACUCCGGUGCUGGCUUACCGGUGUUUGGUUAAGGAGGAUGAUAGGGAAGCUCCCAGUUUUCUGUUUGAAUCCGUUGAGCCCGGCUUGAAAGUUUCGAGUGUUGGGCGAUACAGUGUGAUUGGAGCUCAGCCAACUAUGGAAAUUAUUGCUAAGGAGAACAGGGUGAGUAUCAUGGAUCAUCGUCAAGGACGGAGAGUGGAACAGUUUGAAGAGGAUCCAAUGGUUGUUCCUCGGAGGAUCAUGGAGAAAUGGAAACCUCAGCGUAUUGAGGAGCUUCCGGAAGCCUUUUGUGGUGGUUGGGUUGGAUAUUUUUCAUAUGAUACUGUGCGGUACGUGGAGAAGAAGAAACUUCCUUUCUCAAAUGCUCCUGUCGAUGAUAGAAACCUUCCCGACAUGCAUCUAGGCUUAUAUGAUGAUGUAAUUGUAUUUGAUCAAGUGGACAAGAAAGCUUAUGUAAUUCACUGGGUGCGGCUGGAUGAAUUCUCAUCAGUGGAUGCAGCAUACAAAGAUGGAAUUAAACGUUUGGAUUUAUUGAUGUCUAGAGUACAUGAUAUAGCCCCUCCGAGGUUACCUUCAGGUUGCAUCAACUUGCAUACCAGCCUUUUUGGUCCUUCAUUGACGAAUUCAAGCAUGACAAGUGAAGAAUAUAUGAAUGCUGUGUUGAAAUCCAAAGAGCACAUUUUGGCUGGUGACAUUUUCCAGAUUGUUCUUAGUCAGCGAUUUGAACGGAGAACUUUUGCAGAUCCCUUUGAAGUUUACAGAGCAUUGAGGAUUGUCAAUCCAAGUCCAUACAUGACCUACUUACAGGCAAGAGGUUGUAUUCUGGUUGCAUCGAGUCCUGAAAUUCUUACUCGAGUUAAGAAGGGGACAAUAACCAACAGACCGCUAGCAGGUACUUCAAGGAGAGGUAAGACACCAGAAGAAGACUACAUGUUAGAAACUCAGCUGCUUCAUGAUGAAAAGCAGUGUGCAGAACACAUUAUGCUUGUUGACUUGGGACGUAACGAUGUUGGAAAGGUGUCAAAACCAGGUUCUGUGAAGGUGGAGAAACUGAUGAACAUUGAACGGUAUUCUCAUGUCAUGCACAUCAGCUCCACUGUUACAGGAGAGUUACUUGAUCAUUUAACCAGCUGGGAUGCUCUUCGAGCUGCACUGCCUGUUGGCACUGUUAGUGGAGCACCCAAGGUAAAGGCCAUGGAAUUGAUCGAUCAGUUGGAAGUUACUAGACGUGGACCUUACAGUGGUGGAUUUGGAGGAAUCUCUUUCACUGGUGAUAUGGAUGUUGCUUUAGCUCUAAGAACAAUUGUAUUCCCAACAGAAGUACGUUAUGAUACCAUGUAUUCUUACAAGGAUGAAAUGAAGAGGCGAGAAUGGAUUGCCCAUCUUCAAGCUGGGGCAGGUAUAGUUGCAGAUAGUGUUCCUGCUGAUGAGCAAAGAGAGUGCGAGAACAAAGCUGCUGGGCUUGCCCGUGCAAUUGAUCUUGCAGAGUCAUCUUUUGUUGAGAAAUGA